AUGUCUGGCCGCGGCAAAGGAGGCAAGGUCAAGGGAAAGUCCAAGUCCCGCUCGUCUCGUGCAGGACUUCAGUUCCCCGUCGGACGUAUCCACCGUCUUCUCCGCAAAGGAAACUACGCUGAACGUGUCGGUGCAGGAGCACCCGUAUAUCUGGCCGCCGUCAUGGAGUAUCUUGCCGCUGAGGUUCUCGAGUUGGCCGGUAACGCCGCCCGUGACAACAAGAAGACCCGUAUCAUCCCCCGUCACCUGCAGCUCGCCAUCAGGAACGACGAGGAGUUGAACAAACUUCUGUCCGGCGUCACCAUCGCCCAGGGAGGUGUUCUGCCCAACAUCCAGGCUGUGCUCCUGCCCAAGAAGACUGAAAAGAAGGCUUAA